AUGACUAUUGAAACUCCAUCACAGAAACCGGUUGUAAAUAAAAUAAUGAGCACUCCGACUAGAAAUGUUAAAGCGCCUCCCUUCAGCAGUGAGAAACCAUCUCUUUGGUUUGCUCAGCUAGAGGCCCAAUUCGUUAACCACGGCAUCGAAACAGAAAAAGAAAAAUUUUAUCAAACAAUUCCGCUUAUCGAUACACGUUCUGCCGCGGAAGUAGAGGAUAUUAUUAUUAAUCCGCCAGCCAAUGACCCUUAUCAGCAGCUAAAGAGUACACUCAUUUCACGAUUCUCCAAAUCCAAAGAGGCUAAAUUACUCCAACUUUUGGACAAAGAAAGCAUAGAUAAGGCAACGGGUGAUAGGUUCCUUAUUGAUACCGGGUCAGACAUAUCCGUUUAUCCAUAUCGAGGUCCGAGCAAGCAACUCGUUCCACUCUCCUAUCAAUUAUUCGCCGCCAACGGUACUCCAAUCAACACUUACGGCACGAAAAUGCUAAUCCUCAAUCUUGGACUACGUAGAGAUCUUCCAUGGCGUUUCGUCAUUGCUGAUGUCACCCGUCCUAUCAUCGGUGCUGAUUUACUUAGCCAUUUUGGGUUGCUGGUGGAUUUGAAGCGAAAGAGUUUAACUGACGGACUCACCGGCAUCUCAACAGCUGGGAAAAUGUUUAAGUAUGGCGUAGCUUCAAUUAAAGCCCUGCACCCAGAGGUAGACCCAGCCUAUAAUGGACUUUUUCAUAAAUUUCAAUCUGUUAUUCAACCAGGCGGUGCUCAUCGUACGAGCGAGUUCGCUACCGAACACCAUAUUAAAACGACAAAUGGACCGCCAGUCUCCAGCAAAGCCAGACGACUGGCUCCCGAUAAAUUAAACAUAGCCAAACAGGAGUUUGAAAAACUAAUUAAACUAGGUCUAGCCAGAAGAAGCGAUAGCCCAUGGUCAUCACCAUUACAUUUAGUGCCUAAAAAGUCUGGUGAAUGGCGCCUUUGCGGGGACUAUAGACGCCUGAACGACCGUACAAUUCCAGAUAAAUAUCCCGUUCGCUACCUGGAUGAUUUCGCAGCAAAUCUGUAUGGUAAAAAAAUAUUUUCUACGAUCGACUUAGUGCGCGCUUUCAACCAAAUCCCUGUGGCACCAGGUGACAUUGCGAAAACGGCAAUUAUAACACCAUUUGGACUUUACGAGUUCCCUUUCAUGACGUUUGGUUUGCGCAACGCCGCGCAAACAUUCCAACGUUUCAUGGACGAGGUAACGAGGGACUUACCAUUCGCAUUCGUUUACAUUGACGACAUACUCGUGGCAUCAGAAAAUCAACAGCAGCAUAUAGCACACCUUGAAGUUUUGUUUCAGCGUCUACAAAGUGCUGGCCUUGUAAUCAACGCAGCUAAAUCAAUUUUUGCAAAGCUUCUAGGUCCUCUCAAUAAGAUUCUGGAAGGCCCUGAUGUGAAAAGUUCUCAUGCGGUUCAAUGGGCACCUGAGCUGGAAACAAGCUUUAAUGAGUGCAAACAAGCUCUCGUAAGCUCUACACUUCUAGCACACCCUAAUGUAAACGCCGAAUGGGCGAUAUUCACGGAUGCCUCCGAAUAUGCUAUAGGGGCAGUAUUGCAACAACGAUGUGACAACGAUUGGCAACCGCUUGCAUUUUUUAGCAAAAAACUCUCUUCAUCUACAACAAAAAAGUCGACAUACGAUCGUGAGCUGGAUGCUGUGUACGAAGCAAUUCAGCACUUCAACAGCGUCCUGAGCGCCCUUCUCCGUGGCAAUUUCGGAGACUAG